GUUGCCGACCCUUGUACCUCGCAUCCUUAUCGUCUUCUCUCUCUCUCUCUCUCUCUCUCUCUCUUGCUCGAGGAGGAACUGAAGGCGGCCAUGGGUGUCAUCUCUCGUGGUCGCUCUGUCCUCUUCGUGGUUUUGAUCCUUGCCAUGGCCUCGUCAACGUAUGCUUCCCUUGCGGUAGACUUCUACAAGGAGAGAUGCCCCUUCGCGGAGUCCAUCGUGCGGGCAACCGUUCAAAUGGCGGUGGCUGUGAACCCUGGCCUCGCCGCCGGGCUCAUCCGAAUGCAGUUCCAUGACUGCUUCGUGAGGGGGUGUGAUGCCUCGGUGCUUCUUGACUCGACUCCGUGGAGUAAGGCAGAGAAGGAGUCUCCGGCGAACAAGCCGAGCUUACGAGGCUUCGAAGUGAUAUACGCAGCAAAGGCAGCACUCGAAGCUCGCUGCCCGAGCACGGUCUCAUGCGCCGACAUCAUCGCCUUCGCGGCUCGCGACUCGGCCCUCCUGGCCGGCGGCAUCCACUACUCCGUGCCCGCCGGCAGGCGCGACGGAAGAGUUUCCCUGGAGUCGGAGGUGCUCGGCAACAUCCCCUUGCCCAAUUUCACCGUCACGGAUCUGUUGAGCAGCUUCGCCAAGAAACGGCUGUCGCUCGACGACAUGGUCACGCUCUCUGGAGCUCACUCGAUCGGCCGCUCCCAUUGUCCUUCCUUCGCCGGGCGGCUGUACAACUUCAGCCCCUCCCAGCCUCAAGAUCCGUCGAUGGACCCGGCCCUGGCGGCCUACCUGAAGAGCCAGUGCUCGCCGGCCACCGUCAACAUCAACAGCACCGACCCAACCACGGUGCAUCUCGAUGGAGUGACGCCGAAGAGGCUGGACAACCAGUACUACAAGAACCUUCUGACGCACCGGGGAGUGCUGUUCUCCGAUCAAACCCUGCAGGCGAGCCCACUGACGGCGGGCACGGUGAGCUGCAACGCCGAGAAUGGACCAGCUUGGGCUGCCAAGUUCGCCGCCGCCAUGGUGAAGAUGGCCUCCAUCGACGUGCUCACCGGAAGCCAUGGGGAGAUCAGGAAGCAGUGUUGGGUCGUGAACCGAUGAUGAUGAUGAUGAUUUGUAUAUGAGACCCUUGUGUAUCAUCGAUUACAUCCGCUGUGAAGUCUGUGUUAUCAUGUAUUACAUUUUAUCCACGUUCCAAUAUCCAACAAUUUGUAAUCUCUAUCAUCAGUUUCCAUUGUAAUGAUGAUUUAGAGUGAUAUUUAUAAUCUAAUAAUAUCAAUCGUAAGAGUUGGAGAAUC